AUUCACUUUAAACCUCCCAGUCACUCAUUUCACCAGCAGUGGGCAUCACAGCACUCGGAAUGAGGGAUGCCACUCCGCUCGGCACGUUUCGGGCGCUCGGUCCCUAUCCCAUCGUCUCGUCCACCGCCUCAACAUCGAUAUCUCGACCCUCAUCUAACCCCUCACACGACCGCGCCAGUUCGCCAUCAAGCUUCCUCCUUCCACACAUCCACCACCAGAUCCUCCGAUAGCACCCCGAACCAUUACGAAAUCCUCUCCCUGACCCCUAGCGCGACUCUUGCGGAUAUAAAGCGCCAAUUCUUCGCCCUCUCUAAACAACAUCAUCCUGACAAGAACCCCGACGAUGCCUCCGCCAGCACCCGCUUCGUCCGCAUCAGCGAAGCAUACCACGUGCUCUCGUCGCCCGAAAAGCGCACACAAUACGAUGCACAGCUACACGGACAGCACUUGCAUCACCAUCACCACUAUGCGCAUCACAAAGGGUCGUAUAGUAGUGCGGGGUUUGCCGGGAGCAGGCCUGCGAGUGGCUUGAGUAAGAAGAGGGGUACCUUUCGAGGACCACCGCCGAGUUUUUAUAAAAACGGUGGGUAUGGGCAACACCAUGCUAAGAGGACUGCCCACGCCCAUGAUAAUACUCCUGGUGGUGGGGAAGAAGCCAAGGAGGAUCAAGGGAGUUAUGGGCGGUUUGGCGGGUUUGGCCCAGGACAGACAGGCCAGGGGGAUGAGGUCCCACAUUUUAACAACCAGAAGCAUAAGAAGACGCAUGAUCAUAUCAAUGAGCAUAUCUACGGGCGAAGAAGAUCCAGGGGGGGACAGCAUAUCCCGGAUGGUAUUGAUAGAGAUGGCAUGUUGGUGAAUUUUGUGGUUGUUGCGGGUGUCUUGGGAGUCAUUGGUUUCGGGGCGAAGGUCAUGGGGAAUGACAACAGCCCCAGAACUACUAAACGGAAUGAGAGGGCCCCGGAGCGCUCAUAAGAGAGCCGGACGUCCUGUCGUACAUUUUGACUGUACAAUAUUGGGAGGAUAGACGACACGGCAAUUGCUAAAUGCAUGAACUGAAUGGAUGCAUUGAGACGGACUGUUGUACAUGCCGGAAUGCAAGAAUGCGC